CCACAGGAAGCAAAAGGCCAGCCAAAGGGAAGGGAUUGCCGGCUUUGGCUCAGCCCCUCUUGCGCGCCUCUCGCGUUGCGAUGGAUGUUUUUCAAUUGCAGGGGAAGGAGCACUUCAAGCGGAGCCUGGGAAGGCGGCCUGCCUCCUCCUGCCUUUGCUGACCCGCUGGGGCGGAGGAUGUGAUUGGCAUCGCAGGCAGCAGAGAAAAAAAAAUCAAUUAAACGUACAGUUCCUUGGCACACUAACAAUCAACCUUCCAGUGAAGGAAUGAGGUUUUAUCAUACCUGCAAGCUACCUGGAAGAAUUAUGGGGAUUCGGCUGCUUCACUUUUCCUCUGUAGUGAUCCUUUUGCUGCUUCUGGUGGCAGGCGCCUUAACUGCUUUGCUGCCAAACAUUAAGGAAGAUAAAAUGCUUACUUUGCGAAGGGAAAGAAAAUCCCAGAGUCAGCCUGCCUCAGACUCAUUUACUCUCAUUAUGCAGACAUACAAUAGAACCGAUUUGCUCUUGAAGCUUUUGAAUCAUUAUCAAGCUGUUCCUCAUUUGCACAAAGUGAUUGUCAUAUGGAACAACAUUGGGGAGAAAACGCCUGAGGAAACCUGGAACUCCCUGGGACCUCAUCCUAUCCCAGUGAUCUUCAAAGUGCAAACCGUGAAUCGCAUGCGGAACAGGCUGCAGGUUUUCCCUGAGCUAGAAACAAAAGCUGUUUUGAUGAUGGAUGAUGAUACCCUUGUUAGUGCCUACGACCUAGUUUUCGCUUUCUCCAUUUGGCAGCAAUUUCCAGAUCAAAUAGUGGGUUUUGUUCCUAGAAAGCAUGUGCCUACUCCUUCGGGAAUAUACAGCUAUGGGAGCUUUGAACUGCAGGGUCCUGGCAUCGGAAAUGGGGAUCAAUAUUCAAUGAUUCUCAUUGGAGCAGCUUUCUUCAACAGUGAAUACCUAGAACUCUUUCAGAAACAGCCUGAAGCUGUGCACGCCAUGAUAGAUGAAACUCAAAAUUGUGAUGAUAUUGCCAUGAACUUCCUGGUGGCAAAACAUACUGGGAGGCCCUCAGGUGUCUUUGUAAAGCCAGUCGAUGUCAGGAAUUUAGAAAAAGAAAGUAACACAGGCUACUCCGGAAUGUGGCAUCGGCCCGAACACUUGCUCCAAAGGUCUUUCUGCCUCAAUAAAUUAGUUAAUAUCUAUGGCAACAUGCCCUUAAAAUACUCAAACAUAAUGAUUUCCCAGUUUGGCUUCCCAAACUAUGCAAAUCACAAGAAUAAAAUAUAGAAUUGCCCUGCAAGAUAAUGCUUCAACCUGCUUCCCAGCAAUCAAAAAGGCACACAAACAAGAGAAGUGAAUACAUAAGGGUUUUGUCAGUAGUGCAUUAUUUGGAGCUUGCUUCUGCAAAAGCCCUUUGGAAAUGUGGGGCCUGGGAAAAGUGGUUCAUCUCUGUGCUCCGCAUGCAAACGCUUCUUCAGUUGGCUUUCUCAUUCCUCCCCAUUUCAAUCAAACUAACAUAUUUGCAUGAAAAUAAAAUGUCCCCAAAA